UGAGGAGCGUCCCAGUGCAGGGAAGUGCAGCGCUGGGAUGAGCCUCAAAGUUCUAGCCCUCGCCGUGCAGGGGAUUUAAAGCGGCCACACACUGAAAGCGCCUCAGCCUCUCCCCCCCGCCCCAAGCCGGGGGCUUUGCCAAGCCGCUGCUGCUCGCAGGCUCCAGCAGCCCCUUGUCUGCACCCCUCCCCACCAGCCCCCCAAGUUAAGUCUGAUCUCUCUGCCAGGUUCACCCCCAAAUGCCAGCCAUGAUAGAGAAGGGCCCAGAGGUCUCAGGGAAGAGAAGAGGCAGGAAUAAUAAUGCCACUGCUGCCGCCAGUGCUAAUAAUAAUGGGAAUAAUAAAAGUUUGGGAGCAGCGGCAGCACCCAAUGGAAAUAGCAGCAGCAACUCCUGGGAGGAAGGCAGCUCCGGCUCCUCUAGUGAUGAAGAACAUGCAGGAGGAGGCAUGAGAGUUGGAGCCCAGUACCAAGCCGUGGUUCCUGAUUUUGAUCCGGCCAAACUUGCAAGGCGCUGUCAGGAGAGAGAGAACCUUGGCAUGCUGGUCUGGUCACCUAAUCAGAAUCUGUCCGAGGCAAAAUUGGAUGAAUACAUUGCCAUUGCUAAAGAGAAACAUGGAUACAACAUGGAACAGGCCCUUGGAAUGCUCUUUUGGCACAAGCAUAAUAUUGAGAAAUCCUUGGCUGAUUUGCCCAACUUUACUCCAUUCCCAGACGAGUGGACAGUGGAAGACAAGGUCUUGUUUGAACAGGCCUUUAGUUUCCAUGGGAAAACAUUUCAUAGAAUUCAGCAGAUGCUUCCUGACAAAUCGAUAGCCAGUUUGGUGAAAUUUUACUACUCCUGGAAAAAGACAAGGACUAAAACCAGCGUGAUGGACCGCCAUGCUCGUAAACAAAAAAGGGAACGGGAAGAAAGUGAGGAUGAAAUGGAGGAAACAAAUGGAACUAACCCUGUUGAUAUUGAAGUUGAACAAAACAAGGAGAGCAAAAAAGAGGUGCCACCACCUGAGACACUGCCUCCGGUAAAGAAGGAGAAGCACAGUACACAGGCUAAAAACAGAGCAAAGAGGAAACCUCCCAAAGGAAUGUUCCUUUCUCAAGAGGACGUGGAGGCCGUUUCUGCCAACGCCACUGCUGCUACCACUGUGCUCAGACAACUGGAUAUGGAAUUGGUCUCAAUCAAGCGACAGAUUCAAAAUAUCAAGCAGACGAAUAGCGCUCUCAAAGAAAAACUUGAAGGUGGAAUAGAACAGUACAGACUUCCAGAGGUCGUUCAGAAAUUUAAUGCACGUUGGACUACAGAUGAGCAGCUUCUUGCUGUGCAAGCAAUCAGGAAGUAUGGCCGAGAUUUCCAGGCAAUCUCUGAUGUGAUUGGAAAUAAAUCUGUGGUGCAAGUGAAACAUUUUUUUGUAAGUUACCGGCGUCGUUUCAACAUAGAUGAAGUUCUACAGGAGUGGGAAGCAGAACAUGGCAAAGAGGAGACGAAUGGACCUAAUAACCAGAAGCCUGUAAAAUCGCCUGAUAAUUCCACUAAAAUGUCAGAAGAGGAAAAUGAGGCUACUUCUGUUCUUGAUGUCAGAUAUGCAUCUGCUUCAUGAGAAGCUCGUGUAGCCUAGAACAAUUUGUGUUUGACUACUGUGUUAUCCAGGAUAUCAGGUAUUAGCAAACCUCAGACAGCCAUCUGCAUCAUAUCUAUGUGGACAAGCAGCUAUUACCAAAAAAAGGCAAACGCUUCCAGUCCUGUGCUACAUCUGCCUUAAUUUUUCCUCGUUCCUCCAUACUGCCUCACUUUCUUUCAAAAGCUCCCAGAUAGCGCUCCAAUUCAUCAGUGUCCUGCUUAAGCACGGGGACUUCUAGAACCAGUUACACCUGUGGGUAAAAUCUGGCAAGUCUGCACAGCAAGGAACUCCAGUGUUAGCAGCCCCACACUAAUGCUACACAGUAGGAGCUCUUAUAAUACUUGGUCCUCUCCAUAGGGUAUAAGUACGUAUUGCUGCAUGGCCUUGUGAUCUCUGCUUCCUGUAUAAAGUAAUUAUUAUUCUUACAAUGACACUAUUAUUAGUGAGCUUUCUAUAAAGGAGAGGCUUAUGCACAUGCCAAUGGCAUCAUACUCUGCAAUUACAGGGCAUUUUAGCAAGCGUUCUUAAAUAAUGCAAAGUGAUGUGAAAGGUUAUUCCUAAGGUUGGGGUCUGUCUACAGUUGUAAACAUAACUCAUUACGCUUCUGGUUGGUGCAAUUCCUUUUUUACUCUGUAUUUGUACAUGUUCUUGCUUCAUAGAAAGCUCACUAACUGGUUGAGUGUUUUAUUCCUGGAUAUUUUAAUAGCUUUUAUUUAGUGUAAAAGGGAAUAUGUAACCUGAAAUCUGUCAGAUACAAUAUAUUACCCAUGGCAUUCGGCAUUCACGUUGUAACUUUUUAAGUGAGUGCCACGCAACUUCCUUUUUCCUGACUCUCCCUGGGAUUAAGUCAAAACAACUUUAGCUGGUUCUUCUCCCUUUGGAAUGUCCUUUUUUUGUAAAUUAGGCUACCAUACAGUCACUUUAUUCCAGUGUCGUCGUCGUCGUCCUCUUCAGAGCACUGAGGUUGCCAAAGCCACCAAAUUCUUCAUCUCAGUGGAAGGGUGGGGAAGGUUGACGUGAAAGUGCAACCCUAAAAUGUAGAUUUCAGACUUGGAGGAGACCGUGCGUGGAGGAGGACAAGGACCAUCUCAUUGACCUCAUUCAGUUCUGUAUUGUUCCCCCUUUUGUCACCCUGAUCCCCUUUCUCAAUACUGUACAGGACCUGGAAGUGAUCUGAUUAAUCUAGUGCAGUGUUUCUGAACAACCUGUCCAUAGACUGGCACCAGUCCGUGACAGCCUCCUUGCUGGUCCUGAGAUUUCUCUGACACAUUUUAGGAAGGUAGCAAGCAGGUCUCUGGUAUCAAAAAGGUUGAGAAACAACUGAUGUAGUGAGCCAAGAAUAAUGCCCUGGGAAGAUAAAACUGGUUUCCCUAUGUCAUUGCAAGUUUGACCCACUUUGGUUUUGAAAGCGAUUUCAGUCCCUCUAAAGCAGGAGUUCUCAAGCUAUGGUUUGUGUACCACUUCUGGUAUAUUUGCUUGAUGUUCCAUCCAUUCACUUAAGGGUUUUUUUAUUUUAGUUUUUUUUUUUUUUUUUUUUUUUAAAGAUGAUGAUACAGGAAGCAGUGAAGUUUGGGAGCUGCUGCUCUACAGUGCGCAUCACUUUCAUUUUCAGAACCAAAAUAUGCAAUUAAAAGGGGAAGAGGCACAACCCAAAAUUUGCCUUAGCCCCCCUGUAGCCACCCCUCCCAGUGCAAAGGUGAAACCUUACACAGAUACUUCUGUUGCUGGCAGUGCUACUUUCAGAGCUUGGCUCCCAGCCAGCAGCUGCUGCUCUCCAGCCACCCAUCUCUGAAGGCAGCACCAAUUCCAGCAACAGCACAGAAGUAAGCCUGGGCAAGGGUCUGGGGUGCCUGAGAGCAGCCUUGGGCUGUGUUCCUGCCCGCUGGGGUGAGCUACCCAGGGCAGGUGGUGGAUCCAGGGCUCCCCGUGGUCUAGGCUGACUUGUUCCAGCCCUGGCUCCUGGGGCCCCGUGCACUCGCUGUUCCCCACGGGCUCUGUCGGCCCUGGAGCUGAAUCCCCCUGUCCGGGCAGCUCUUACAGGCUAUGAGCAGUAAAGGGCAGUGGGGAGCUGAGGAGCAGCAAGAGGAGAUGGGAGAGUGCUGUGGCCAAUCAUACCAUGAUACUAGCCAGUGCAACAGCUGCCCCGCAUUGCCCAGCUCAGGCUUCCAGCCUGGCCAUGGGGCUGGGCUUUGGAGGGAAGAAGAGCUGCCAGCAUUUAACUGAGGAGCAGGAGGGAGUGAGGCCAUAGAGAAGGGUGGGAUCUUGUGGUGAGGGGGGCAUAGCCUCCCGAUUUUCUGUCUACCUCACCUCAGAGCAACAAGCAAAACUAACACAUUAUUAUACCAACAAACGUUUGUGGUGUAGACCUUGCCCAAGUGUCUCCUGUAGAGUUGGUCUUUCACGAUCACCUCCCACUUCCCACCAAAUCUGGCAAACUUAUGAUCAGAAAAGUUGUAUUUUGGCUUUCUCCCCAAAGGAAAAUAGCAUGUAUAAUUCAUUUGAUAUCAGGAAGAAAAAAGUUGUCAUUCUGUUUUGGAGGACUACUAUCUUAUUGUAGUCUUAUACAUACAAUAUAGUCCUGUAUUUUUAACUUCGUUAGGUUUCAUUAUUCUCUUACCUAUUAUUAUGUUUUUAAAUACAAGAAAUCAUUUUAGCUUUGAAAGUUUAAAUGGUUUGGUCUUGUUUAUAUGAAGACCUUCUUCCCUCCCCCCCUUUUUUCUUUUAAUGGAUCAAGCAUUAGAUACAUCAACUGGUUGCAUUCUGAUUAGAAGGGUCCACAAAGAUUACUGCAUAAGAUGUAAUAUUCACUUAAAUUUUGUUUUCUUAAACUAUCAAUGUGAAUGUUAUAAUUAUAUAUAUUUUGUGGAAUAUGGGAAUUUAUUUCUCCUAAGUAUAAGUUAUUGUGCAAAAAUAUGGUAUUGUUAAAGCAAAUGAUAGUUUAACUUUUAGUUUUAGAAAUCUUAAAGAUAUAAAAAUGUAUUACAUAUACAUAAACAAAUUACAUUUGUUCUAUUUAAUUUUAUGUAGCUGUGUAAAGUGCUAGAUAACUUUUUUCUUCUUCGAGUGGUUGUUCAUGUCCAUUCAAAGUAGGUGUGCGCGCGCCGCGUGCAUGCCAGCAGGAAGAUUUUCCCCUUGCAGCGUCCGUAGAGUCAGCCCUGGCGCCCCCUGGAGUGGUGCCACUAUGGCGCCCUAUAAAGGGGCCCGCUGACCCUCCACCCCCUCAGU